AAAGCUGGCCAACGUAACGACAGUUACUGAGCCUCUUCACCUUGCAAAACCAUCCCCGGAACAUCAUGACAUUUUGCCAAAUACUUAGAAUGUAUUAGAUGUUUUUUUUGUGUGGGUUUUGUGUGUGUUUGUUUCCGUGUUGUGAGUCAUUUAAUUUCACGCGGAAGAAUGCGGAAUCUUUGCUCUCAUCGCGAUCUCCUCCGGACAUAUUUUAUGAACGGACCAACGGAGGAACAACACUGUAAUAAACAACGAUGACUAAAUGAGAACAUUUUUGCAUCAUUGUUGGUUUAUUAUGAUAGUUUAUGACAUGCUCUGUUUUUAGGCGUUUAAACAGUGUUAGAAUAUAGUCAAUAUGUGGAAAGGUUCUUCUGAAGGAUCUGAUCGGUUUGAAUAUUUACAAACGCUGGUGACUGAGUUUCAGGACACGGACAGUGAAGAGGCAAAGGAGCAAGUACUGGCCAACUUGGCCAAUUUUGCAUAUGACCCAAAGAACAUGGAGUAUCUAAGGGAGCUGCAAGUACCUGACCUCUUCUUGGACAUGUUGACUGAAGAGAACGAGAACUUUGUGGAAUUUGGGAUGGGAGGGUUGUGUAACCUCAGCAUGGAUCCUGAAUGCAGAGACAUCAUCCUGCAGAGCAGCGGGAUCAGCUUAGUCACAAACCGUCUUUCAAGCCAGAGGGAGGAGACUGUCCUGUCAGCUAUUACUACCCUCAUGAACCUCUCAACACCCUCGUCUCGCUCUGAGAUCACUGACCCGGCCCUCCUGCAGUGUAUGCUGCGCUUCUCCCUCUCGGAGAGUCCGCGUCUGCGCAACCUGGCUGCUGUGUUUCUGCAGGACUGCUGUACCAGGGAGCAGGUCGCCCAGGCUGAGCAGCAGAUGCAGGGACAGCAAACGGCAAUUGGUAUUCCUCUGCCCAAGGACAACUGAGGUAUUCACAUGGAAAAUGGAUCCGUUUUGCUCUCUGUGAGAGAGCACACAGGUGUAAAAAGUGGCAAAAACAAAACUUUGAUCAACAUAUUUCAGCCAAACUGGUAAAAUAUGUUGUUUAAGUCACAACAGCCCUCAUCUUCUUGUACUUUUUCAUUCCUUUAACCUGCUGUGAGCAACUUGAGUUCAUUAUGCUUUUUCAAACAACAUGAGGGAAACUGAAGUGUUUAUGUAAAGCCUUAAGCGAUUAACCGCACACAGUGCAAUUGCUUGAGAGACAAAUCAGGUUAUUACUAAUAACAUUUAUAUAUAAUUUCAUGAACUCCCAAACUAUUAAAAAAGUCUGAACUAUUCAGAAAUCAGUGACUAAACCAUGCUUGUAAAAACAAGCUCACCUUCUGCAGGAUUAAUAUCACUAUCAAUUUCCCCCAAAAAAUGUACAUUCCUUUGGCUUUCAGGUGAUUUCAUAAGACCUGCUUGUAGAUGUUGGAGCAUGCUAUGGCCAGCUGGAGAAUGACCAUGUCCUGAAAUGUCAAAUCCAAACCCAAAAUAUGUAGACUAAAAACUUCUACAAUAAACCUUGAGGUUCUUUUGUAAGA